GCCCUCCCUCCAGCCAGGACUUUGGGCCUUUUCUUAUGUCCUGUUUGUUGUUAAUUGCAUGCCAGCUACAGCAUUCAAGAGGGUUGUUCCUUAACAAAGGGAAAGAGAUAAAUGUAAAUAAGCUCACAUUUUCAGAAUGAGCAGUUUGCUGUAAGAAGCUUUGCAGCCCUGGCAGCCCAGAGUCUGCUACUUUGGGCUGGGCUAAACUUUCCCUGUAAAAACAAAAAUAUGGAUUAAAAUAUGCACUUCUAAACUGCAAGUUGCCCGUUUACAUGUUUCUUAGCCAAUUGUCUACAGGCAUGAGCACACUUUUUCAUCUAGCGCACUCUUUCUUGGGAAUCCAUUGGAGGAAAUUUCUAACUACAGUUCUUCCAGAAAGUUCAUUGAUCACCCAAGUCUUGGAUAAAAUUGGUGCUGGAAUUUGGUUUGAACUAAUGUGGUGACCUGCUUCCUGCCCAUUGUCAAUGAAAAUACAUCCACUCAGCACUCUGAACCCCCCAGAUUCAGUGACCUUGAGCAUCGUCAUUGUGUAUUGUUCUUCUUUCUGAGAAAAUUGGAAGAAGUGAGAUGAAGCAAGGUAGAAAGGAUGGCAACAUUGACCUCUCUCCAGCAAGGAGGAAAACAUUUCCUACCAGUCCUUAGUCUCAGAGUGCUGAACCCUGCAGCCAGCAGGCAUCUUGAAAAAAAAUCCAUGGGUGACAGAAGAUUCAUUGACUUCCAAUUCCAAGAUUUAAAUUCAAGCCUCAGACCCAGGUUGGGCAAUGCUACUGCCAAUAAUACUUGCAUUAUUGAUGAUUCCUUCAAGUAUAAUCUGAAUGGUGCUGUCUACAGUGUUGUAUUCAUCCUGGGUCUGAUAACCAACAGUGCUUCUCUGUUUGUCUUCUGCUUCCGCAUGAAAAUGAGAAGUGAGACGGCUAUUUUCAUCACCAAUCUGGCCCUCUCUGAUUUGCUCUUUGUCUGCACUCUACCUUUCAAAAUAUUUUACAAUUUCAACCGCCACUGGCCUUUUGGUGAUACCCUCUGCAAGAUCUCUGGGACUGCAUUCCUAACCAACAUCUAUGGGAGCAUGCUCUUCCUUACCUGCAUUAGCGUGGAUCGUUUCCUGGCCAUUGUCUAUCCCUUCCGAUCUCGUACCAUUAGGACCAGGAGGAAUUCUGCCAUUGUGUGUGCUGGAGUCUGGAUCAUAGUCCUCAGUGGUGGUAUUUCGGCCUCUUUAUUCUCCACCACUAAUGUCAACAAUGCAACCACCACCUGCUUUGAGGGCUUCUCCAAACGUGUCUGGAAGACUUAUCUGUCCAAGAUAACCAUAUUUAUUGAAGUUGUUGGUUUUAUUAUUCCUUUGAUAUUGAAUGUCUCUUGCUCUUCUGUGGUGCUAAAAACCCUCCGUAAGCCUGCUACACUGUCUCAAAUUGGGACCAAUAAGAAAAAAGUGCUGAAGAUGAUCACAGUGCAUAUGGCGGUCUUUGUGGUAUGCUUCGUACCCUAUAACUCCGUCCUUUUCCUGUAUGCCCUGGUGCGUUCCCAAGCUAUUACCAAUUGCUUGUUGGAAAGAUUUGCAAAGAUCAUGUACCCAAUCACCUUGUGCCUUGCAACUUUAAACUGUUGCUUUGACCCUUUCAUCUAUUAUUUUACCCUUGAAUCCUUUCAGAAGUCCUUCUACAUCAAUACCCAUAUCAGGAUGGAGUCUCUGUUUAAGACUGAAACACCUCUGACCACAAAACCUUCCCUUCCAGCUAUUCAAGAGGAAGUUAGUAAUCAAACAACACAUAAUGGUGGUGAAUUAAUGCUAGAAUCCACCUUCUAGGUACGAGAACUAUCUUUAGGUCCAGAUAUGGUUUCUUCUAUGGUUUUUUUCUAUGCUAUAAAUAAGAGAAAAGAUUUGAAGCUAAUGAUACUGAGAAUAGAUUAAUGUACUGAAUACAGUCAGAUACAUUGAUUUGAAUGUUUAUUGUACAUAUGCUGUUUUGUUCAAUAAUUAUAGGUCAAGUCUAAUUACAACAACCAAAAGCUAUUAUCAAACUCUUCUGUGUUGGGUUGGGAAUUCCCUGUAGCAGAUUAUGUAAGUGGAUAGUAGCCUUGACUUCAGUGAUAUGGAGAUUGCUUAACAACUUUAAAAAAGGGAUAUUUUCAUUACAAUAAUAUUUGGUAAUUAGGUUGGGUCUAUAAAUAUAGAACAAAUUCAGGGAUUAUUUAAAAAACAAACUUUUGUGUUACUACUGAUACAUGUUUAUCUUUUUUUUGAAUCGUCAUUGAGUUUAUUUUAACUUAAUAUUAUUAAUAAAAAUGUUCAAAAUUUAAACAAGCUGGCAAAAUUUAUAACAUAUAUUUUGAAAUCAGAAACACAAGUUAUGUUUGCAUGACUAUGACUGAGGAGAAACUGAAAAUUAACUGGAUUUACAUAUUUGCAGUUAUCAGCAGAGUCAGUUUUAAAACACUUUUUCCCAUUUUUAUAUUACUUUAAAUUUCUCAUAUGAAAAUCAAGAUCCAGAAAGCUGCUAAAUAUGUGCCCAAGACUGGACAAAUGGAAAAUCACAUAAAACUACAAAAUGUCUAUUAAAAAAUUAAACAUCAGCAUUUUUUCUUAGAAUUUCCAAUUAUCUUUCUUUAGAGAGACUGGUUUCUAUAAAUAUUCUCUAUAUGAAAUUUUAGAGUGCAAUGCAACUAUAAAGUUGUAUUUGUGCCUAGGUCAGGAACAAAUUGAAAAAAAUUAACAACAAAAUAAUAACAAAAAAUAAAACACUAAAACAAAAAACUUUCUUAAAACUUUCAUUAAUCAUUUUAAGGGGAGAGAGUAUAGAGCUGUAACAUUAGAUUACUUAUUCUUUCAUUUUAAAUUUUGGAGCACAGUAUAAGGAGAGAGCUGGUGAAUUUGUGUCCAAGUUAGGAGCAUAUCAAAAAAUAAAUAAACCAAAUAAAUAAAAAACAGAAAAACUAAAACACAAUAAAAAUGACAAGAAUAAUUCCUAGUGCUUGCAUUUAUAUUUUAUUUAUUUUUUGAGGCUCUGUAAAUUAAAAAAUAUUAUAUUAUUUGUAUAAAAUUUUAGAGUACAAUAUAGCUAGAAAUCUGCUACAUUUGUGCCCAGGUCAAGACCUAAUUAGAAAAAAAAAAACCCAUAAAACAACCCUUUAGGAAACAAUAAUAAAAACACAAAAAAAAAAUUAGAACUUUUUUCUGAGCAUUUAUUUGUAAAAUUUACAAAACACUAUAACUUUCAUAUGAUGCUUUGAAUCAAAAUGCAGCUAGGAAGCUGCUAAACUGGCAUUAGUUCAGAAGCAAUUGAAAUCAAUAUUUUGAGUUCCUAAUUGUGGCUCAGCAGUAACAAACUCAACUAGUAUCCAUGAGCACAUGGGUCUGAUCCCUGGCCUCACUCAGUGGGUUAAGGAUCUGGCAUUA